UCCGUUUCUGUGAUAUCGGCUUGUUAUUACUUUGCAAAAGCACAAAAUUUAUUCGUCGCAUAUAGUAGUUCCUUACGUGACAGAGUGAAACAUGUUGCAGAAAACGGUUCUUGCACUUGUGCUUUCCAGCUGCAUGAUUGGUUUAUGCGUCUGUAUUCCUACGAGAAUCGCUGGCGAGUUGGGCAUUCUUCGUCUCUGCAAUGCCUCGAGUCCCAUCAGUUUGGACACAGUUAAUUCGGUCCUGAUCCAUCGCGACAUACAUCAUUCGCAGGCGCAAACAGACGCGUUCAAGUGUUUCCUGCUCUGCCUUUACGUCGAAUAUGGAUGGAUGGAUCGUGAUGGAGGCUUCGAAUUGCACAACAUCAGAUCAGCUUUACAGGCAGCUCAGGUUCCUCAAAACCGGAUCGAGUUGCUAUCAUACAGAUGUACGGCAAUUGAAUCCUCAAGCCCUUGUAACCGAGCCUCAAUUUUCACCGAAUGUUUCUGGAUGCAUACCGCAAACGGAUUACAAGAAGCGACUGCAGGACCUGCCAUGAAAUAAUCACUCGAAAAAGAGAUUCAUUGAAUCAGGGAAGGUCGAAGUCGAAUGUACGGAAAAAACAAGUUUUCUGGGACAAGUGAUUUCGAAAAAAAUGUGUCGAAUUUGAUCGAAGGCUGCUGCUUCCGUCAUGAGUUAUACGUACAAGUGAAUUCUUCAGAUCUCAGAAUUACACUGAAGGUAUUUUAGAGUCUCGGUGACUUCUGGCUUGUAUAUUAUUAGAAUUUAACGCGCAAACUAAUAAUUUAGCGUAAAGAUAAUCGGUGGUUAAAUAUAACGUAAAAUAAUUUUAGUCACUUUUGGUUUAUCGACCGAGGGUGAUUCAAAAAGCUGGCUACAAAAAACAUGUCAAUGAAAAGCGAAAUAUAAUAAAACGGAAAAUCUAUAGAUGUAAUCACGAUUAUGGAUUAAGUGUGAAAGUUUUGUUCAAAAGAUCCCGCUGGGUAUAAUGUGCUUGUCUGCUUCAACGUCUCUUUGAUCUGCUUUUGCUUAAAUUAAAUCGGAAAAAACCUAAAGUUUGUGUUUUGAGUAAGUUUAUUGAUUAUUUGAUCACACAUUGAUUAAUAUAUAUAUAAAUUAAAAUGCGUCUUACAUAGCUAACAUUGUACUUUGGUGUGUUUUAUUGAUAGAGCUUCAACUCCGAGAGUGGCAGACUAGAGUCAUCUCGCUCAUAAUUCGCACACUGCGCCUUGAUUGAUGGUCUUUAAAAUUGAAAUGUUUUGAGAUUUCACGAGAUGAAACUAGCUUCGUUUCGAGUACCUCCGGGUGCCUCGUUUGAAACUACCAUAAGUUAUCCCCGAUUUUACGCGUACCUGAAGCUACCAUCAAAUAUACAUGAUAAGGCUGUGCAAAUGAUGUGUAUACCUAUA